UGAAAAAUAUCCCAAAGAGGCGCAAUCGCAAUCACAAGCAACAGAAAAACCGACAACGAUAGUCCGACAUUUUUUAUACAGAACCAAGUGUCGAGAACCAACGAACGAAGUGUCGAGAUUCAUGAAAUCACACAUUAAGGAUUUAAAUGGAUUAUAAUUAUCAGAAUUUCAAUCGGAAAUUCAUCGUAAUAAGUGUAAACUUGGCAAAUCGAUCGUUCUAAGUGGUUGAUGUGAUCGUCGCAAGUGAAAAUUCGCCGUAAUUUCAAUCAUCGCGUUCGAAUUCAAAGAGAUAAAAAUCGGUUUUGUCGCUGUGCAGGAAAAAUAGUACGUAUGGGCGUUGCUUGCUUCGCGUUUUGUAUCAUCUCGUUUUGCCAUUGAAUUUUGUAAAUUUGAACUAAGAACAAAAAUUGGAAAUUUUGUUUCAACCAAACAAUUGUGUGCUUUAAGUGUGACCGUGCAUUUAUGUGAUAACUUUGGAUAUUUUUUAUUUGUUGGCAAAUAAAACGAUUCAAACAUGACUGAAGUUGAGCAAAUACAAACAAACGGUAUUGACACUGCCGACGAUGAAAACAAAUCCCGACCAGCUGACAUAGAAGCGGACAUGCGCGAAAUGGAGCGACGUAAACGUGUCGAAGAAAUGCUACAAUCGCGACUAUUCCGUGAAGAAUUAGAACGGAUUGUCGAUAGUCAUGGCCGUGAAGGAGCAUCCGGAUUACUUCAACAAUUGUCUGACAUGGUUGGCGUACCAGCCGCACGCGUUGGUAGUGUAUUCAAAAGCUCAAAUUGUGUCUUGCCAAUCAAUGACAUUCGUGGCGUUGAAGCAAUGGGAUACGCUAAGGGAGAGAAAAUUCUACGAUGCAAAAUGGCAGCUACAUUUCGAUUGCUAGAUUUAUACGGUUGGACGCAGUGUUUGGGCGCUCAAGUGACAGCCCGUUUGAAUGAAGAUCAAGAAUUGUUUUUGGUCAAUCCGUCGGGCAUAUUGUCACAUGAAGUGACAGCGUCUUCCUUAAAUAAGGUUGAUAUGCAGGGUAAUGUUGUUCAGCAUGGAACAACCAACUUUGGCAUCAACACUCGUCAUUACAUGUUACAUUCGGCUGUCCAUGCAGCACGUCCUGAUAUUCGUUGUGCUAUUUAUGUCGGAUGUAAUUCCGUCGUUGCUGUAUCUUCACUCAAAGCCGGUCUAUUGCCGUUAACUCAUGAUGCAGCUGUUCUCGGUGAGGUUGCUUCACAUCGAUACACUGGCGCACUCCAAGAGCCAGAAGAACGUGAAAAACUGAUUCACAGUUUGGGACCACUGUCUAAAGUACUUUUGCUUACGAAUCACGGAGCUUUAUGCUGCGGUGAAACCGUUGAGGAAGCAUUUUAUGCAGCUUAUCACAUCGUUCAGGCCUGUGAAACUCAACUAAAAAUGCUCCCAGUUGGUUUGGACAACCUCAAUUUAAUUCCGGAAGAAGCACGAAAAAUCAUCUACGACGCAUCACGAAAAGCACCAGAAGGCUAUGAAACGAAAGCCAAUCAAAUUACUGACAAUAACAAGGAUAAUAGUGUGCGCACGCAGUCAAACAAAUGGCGUGUCGGUGGCGCUGAAUUCGAAGCGCUCAUGCGUAUGUUGGACAAUGCUGGCUUCCGAACUGGUUACAUCUAUCGUAAUCCUCUUGUUAAAUCUGAAUUACCGAAACCGCGUAACGAUGUGGAAGUGCCACCAGCUGUAUCGUCACUGGGCUACUUGUUAGAAGAGGAAGAAUUGUAUCGACAGGGCAUAUGGAAGAAAUCAUUAUUGGGUAAAGGUGGCGAUCGUUCCAGAUGGUUAAACUCACCGAACGUCUACCAGAAAGUCGAAGUACUCGAAACUGGCACCCAAGAUCCAAAGAAGAUCACAAAGUGGGUCGCCGAUGGUUCACCGACACAUUCAACCGCUGUGCGUAUCGAAAAUCCACUACAAUUUGUGCCUGCCGGAACCAAUCCCAAGGAGUUUAAAAAAUUGCAACAACUUAUCAAAGACAACCGACGUGCUGAUAAAAUAUCAGCUGGGCCACAAUCACACAUUCUCGAAGGUGUUACAUGGGACGAGGCAAGUCGCAUCAAAGAUGCCAAUGUAUCCGGUGCCAGUGAUCAUGUUGUCCUGAUGGGGGCUGCAUCGAAAGGUAUCAUUCAACGUGGCUAUCAACACAACGCAACCGUCUACAAAGCACCAUAUGCAAAGAAUCCAUUUGAUUCGGUGACUGAUGAUGAAUUAAACGACUACAAAAAGACGAUCGAAAGAAAACGACAUGGAGACUAUACCGACACAGAUUUUUCAGAAUCCGAAGGAUUGAGUUCGCUGCAAAUUUCAGCACCAGCUAAGCUAGGAAUUAGACAGACAGAACAAUCUGAACACCAAGUUCACCGAAUAGAAACCAAACAAGCGCCUAAGCCCAGCCAACCCGAAGUUGUUCUUAGUGAUGCCAAUACCGAUUUUAUCAGCAUGGAAAGAGUGCAUUCAGGCAAGCCACCAACUGGUAGAGCUUUAUUAACCCGAUCGGUGUCCGAUCAAGAAAUUGAAAGCAAUUCAUCCCAAUACUCCCAUCCAUUGCACAAUCGAACUGAUGAUCAAGAAUACAUUCAAGUCAAUAAGAUCGACUAUUUCCGUUUGUUAUGCAAAGCCUAUCUAAAUACUACGAAGAAUUCACUUCAACGUUUCUGUCACAACGAAGACACUUAUACGAACCUGAAUGAAACAGCAAACACUGCAGACUACUUCUACGAGCUACUGCAGUCGUCCAGCAAUGAUUCCGAAGAUUUGUAUCAAGAAAUUGACUCGAAAUUCAUUCGCGAUCAAAUUUAUAAUUACGCAAGAAGACAAACCACCAGUGAGAGUAAUUAUGUGCUGGACGAUUUACAACAAUCGAAAUCGAAAAGUUGGUCGCACACCAUUCAAUUGCCAACACACGAAGUAUUCCGCACCUCAUCCCAUUUCGGUUUCUUGAGUCCGAAAGACAUCAGAAAACCGGUCGACUAUCAUCUGCCGUCGUACAAAAGUUAUUACCAACCGUUGUCGCGUGAGAUGUCGAUUGAGGAAUUAUUCUCCAGUAACAAAUACGUUGCCCUGUCCGAAGAUGGCAUUCGAAUAAUUUUCAAGAAAAAGAUCGCAUCGUUCAAAGACUUCAAGCAAUCCAUGCAGAAGAAAAUGAAAUUUUCGACGUUAGUCGAAGGUCAAGAAAUGAAUGCAGAAAAUCCAUUCAAAAAGUUCUUUGCUGAAGGAUGUAAUGAUAUCGGCUACGCCGUUCCACUAGAUUAUCCAGCUGGUUAUCGUAGCUGUCCUGAUUUACCAGCUCGUAUGUUGGGUAACGCUGAGUACAUAGUCGACAAUGAGAACACUGAUACUGAUGGCUGUGCCAAAGAAAUGUUCCCACCACCGACUCAUUCAGAAUAUUCCGACUACGGAACCCAGAGUGAAAACGAGCGACUAUUUCAAAGAGACGCCCAGCGUCAUGUUUCAACUUUGCUCGAUCAGCGAUUGCACACAUUGAAGCGCUGCCACUCUGAACGGAAAGUCAGUCAUUGCAAUAUUACGCUCAAUAUUAAUAAGAGCAAGCCAAAUACUCAGUAUCAACGUGACAAUCAAGUUAACGAUUUACCCUCGCAAGAUGUAUGUAACAACGUCCUGGAAGAUGUAACCAAUAAACCCAGACUAUCGACGAGUCUACCCUUGGAACGAGAAAAGAAACUACUGUCAAGAAGCGUCCGAAAUGAACGGAAGAAAGAAUUCACCGAGCUGUGGAUGAGUCAUUUAAGCGCGCGCAAAGCACAAACUGAAAAUGACGAUCUAAGUAAUGAUCGAGCAUCGCCAUACGCGGACAUGGAAUUCGACCCGAUGGAAGAGGAAAUUAUAUCGAAAAUUGAUGAUUAUCAGUUGGACAAAGACGAUGAGUCAAUUUUUACGAAAAUCAAAACCGUAAUCAUCGAACGCAGCAUCAACAAAAAGAAAAUUAAUUCGAAUGACGAAUUGAACAAUCUCGAUAAGUCGUCCAGCUAUUUGACUUCGACGCCCAAAUCUUGUAGAAGCCUUCAAUUCGGAGAUAUGUCACGUCCUAGUUCUACCGAUACCUCAAAUUCUCUACCCUCAAACAAUACAUUUUUAACGGAAGGUGCAUCUCUUGAACACACUGAAAUUAAGUCGCCACAACAUCCAUCAAAAGCAAAACUGGUUUCUGCGAUAACGAUUCGUGUAAACCGAGCCAAUCCUAGCCAAUCGGUACCGAAUCUUGGUCGCAAAGGGAAACGGAAUUUCAUCGCAGAAAAUAUUCGAAACGCGUCACUACGGAAAGGAACGCCCAGAAUUAACAGAAAAUGGACUACAACCGCCAACCGGUCACAGUCUGCACCGAGACUUCAUAUCGAUGAUUUGCGUUCGCAACGCCACCAUGCCAUUUUCGAUGCGCGUCCAUUUGCCAGCGAAAUUGAACUUGGAGUCGCUACUUCGUCCACAUCAAACGAAUCUAGCGACGGUGAAUCGGUUGCUGUUGAUUUGGAAAAAGUCCUGCAAAAUAUUGUCGAUUCGGCAUCGAAUGUGAAGGAAAGCGAGAAAAUGGUCGAACUGAGCGAAAGUGUGACAGAACUGAAGAAUGUCGUCGAUCGAUGCGGUGGUGAAAUGGAUUGUAUGUUUUUGGAGAAAAUGGAAAAGGAAAUAGAUGAGAUUUUCAACUUGCACAACGAUAUGUACAACGACAAUGCUGAGCAUAAAGAAAAAUUUGAAAAGAAAAUCGUUGAAGAUACGGAACGAUUGAAGCAAUUGGAUCUUGAUCUGAGUGGCACUGAAUGAUCGAUCAGCCGUCCGCAUUCCAUUUCGUUUACCUUGACUAAUGUCGCUUUUAAUUUGUUGCAAAAGGAAAAAAAAGAUUUUUUUUUGGCAUUUUAAUAUUCCUCUCGAAGAACAAAAUAUUUUUGUUUUUACACACCUCCAUAAUGGAGGGCUCCAUUUAUAUAUAUUUUUCGUUGUAAUUUAAUCUCUAUUGUUCCUUGUCAAAAAAAUAAUAAUUUGUUUUUCGGAUUCACGAAGAACAUUUUGUGGUAGAAUUGUAUUCACUUCACCAUUUUCUAAAUUUAGUCCAAAUUGGCAUUUUUAUUGACUAAAAAUGUAUUUAAAAAAACGGAACAAGUAAAUAAAACAUUAACUCAUAUUCAUAC